AGUGGAAAACGUGUAGAAAAUAUCCGUACCUGAAUUGUUUGCCACUGGUACGGUAAAGUGAUUCGUCAAAGCAACAAAUCAAUGACAUCUUCAAGUCUCCUCGGCUAGGAAGCUGAUCGGGCUGACACCGCUGAACUUGUGUUGCGUGUGGUCGUGCGGGUAAACUGAAUAAAAGUAUCUGCUUAAACCUUCAAUGGCAGGGAGAAAGGCGCGAAAGGAGCCAAAAGUUAGUCAUCGCCAGCAGGCGGCAAGUUUAUGUUUAUUGUGAUCUUUUCCGGAGUCUAUUCUGCUUUCGAAAGUUUCUUAUCCUGCUCCGGAUCCACUUUCUUUCCGCCGAACAAUUCCUUUUCCAGCGCGGAAAAGCAGAAAAACUUGUUUGUGUGCAUGUGUGAGUGUAUGUGCGUGUGGGUGUGUGUGUGUGUGUGUGUGAAAAUAAAGUGCGUGUCGCAGGAGGUGAGUGGUGAGCGAAAAGGAGGGAAAAGUUUUGCUUUUGGGCGAGAAAAGCUAGCACAAUAAGUGGAGGCAUAAAGCACUGGGUAGCGGCGGCUAGAGCCGCACAGGAAAUGAAUCGUGCAGGAAAACCGGCGUUCAAGGUAGAUGUGAAUGAAAUCCCAUUGCAUGCCGUUUGGCGUAGAUGUUAAGUGAUAAAGUGUGUUAAAGUUGAUAAAAAAGUGCUCCGAAAACCGCAAAUACCACGAGUUGAAACAUAACGAAACCGAAACCCAAACACCUCCCAACCGUAUCCUGACUCCUUGCUGGCCAAACGGAUGGUAGAAGAAGCUUAGGGUCGUUUGCGAGUAAAUUUAGGUUUCCUCCUUCUUAUCGCAGGCACGUAACGCGGCGUGUCCCUUUUCGGGACCGCGUCUGGGACCCGGCACGCCCGCAGGGGCUUCUUCGCGAUAUGAUUGUCCAUUAUUUGAGCCGUGCUCGGUCUCGGUCCGUCUGUGCUUAAUCUGCAUAAAAGCUUAAUGAAGGAAAAAAGCGAAUCGGCUCCACCGGCUUCAGCAUUCCCCGGUCCUUUGGGCCAUCUGGGAACGGGCAUAUUUAUUCGUGGCAGUGAAAAAGGAGAAGUGAAAGCGAGUCAAAAGUAACGCUCCCGCAAGGUGGGGACGAGGUGUGAUGAAGGAGGAGCCGCAAAAAAGCGGCCCAAUGAACCAGGAAUCAACGAGAGUGCUAUCAUAAGGGUGAGGCUCAGUGUUGGGAGAUGGCGUAAAAAAGCUUUCCGUCGGAGCCGUCGGUAGUUGCUGCGAAUGGAAAUCGGGAAGACACCGAGGCGAAAAUCUGCGAGACGCUGCUUACUUAAAGUAUUGAUCACCGUGGACAUUGGUGGCACUGAACUCCAUCGUACCCAACUGUUGGACGUGCGGCUGUAAACAGGGGACGAAAUUGAGAAGCAGAAAAUCAAUUGAAUUUGCUUUCGGUUGUUACACACUGCUACAAGAAGGUGAAUUGACCCAGUGUGACCACUGAGGGACUGGACUGGAGAUCUCUAAAAAAAACCUCAAAAAGAACGCAUAAACUCCGUGUGCGGCGUGUACGAAGCGAAUAUUCGAAGCUACAAAGCAAUGAGCGUGAAAAAUUUAAACCCCGAAAAUAGUGUGCAAUCGUAACGUUUGUGUGAAGUGGUCAUGAAAUUAAAUUAAGUAUAUUUUAAGCGAUUGAAGUACCGCGAGCAAAAUCAAGCGCGCGCGAGAGAGAGAGAGAGUGGGACAAGAUGCUGCAGAGUGUAAACGGACGGUCACGGGGACGACCGUACGGCCACGAGUGGCCAUUAGUGCUUGAGAAGAAAGGGUCCACCGUUGCCAAGGGUCGAAGGUGGAGGCCACUUUACCGGUGAACGAGCAACGGUCGUGCUUUUGCUACCGAAGGACGGUCCGGAAGGACGAGCAACACUCGCUACAGCAAAGUCUCCUCCGCACCAAAGUGCUACGAACCGGUGGUACAAGGAGAACUUGAAACCGUACCAAAGUGGUGAAGGUGAAAAGGAAAAAUCGCUACCCAUUAGUCACAAUCGCAAGCGGAAGCGGAAGUGGCAGCGGAAGUCGCUACGGAAGUGAAACGGUGAAACUGGCAACGGAACCGUGACGGGAGUGGGAGCGACACAAUCGGAAGGGAACAAGGGUGGCAGGCAAAACCAAGUCCCUAAAAGGAAAAAAAGCGAAACAAAAGUGUCGUACACCCAAAGGAAUAAACGCCGACAGCGAAGGCGGACGAGUAUGCGCAGGCAAAUUAACGCAAAACCGAAACGGCUGACGUCAUACUAGCUAGAAAUGGAGUGCAGUGCAGUGAGGAAAAAGUGACAAAAUUAGCGACAGUGUGUGUGUGUUUGACGACGAGUGAAAAAUAACCGAAAGGCUAAAAAGCCUACGAAACAAAACAAGCCAACCAAACGACCAGCGAAGAGAAGAAGGAGAAAAAAAACAUUCGUUGGAGGUGCAAAGGCGUCCAUCGUUUAUUAUACGCACACCAUUAUCGUUUGGUAUCACAAAGCAAAAAAAAAACUAACAAAACAAAGCAAAACAAUACAAAACGAAAGACAACUCAACCUCGUUACCGACGCCGGAGAGACCUCAAAACAAAGUUUCGGAGUGAUAAUUUUCCCUCGCUUCGGAUCCUCCCGGUUGGUGGCAGGAAACGAUUUGCCACCAUCAUGCUAAUGGUGCCUAUGAUGGCGCUAAAGGACAACAGAUCGCGUAGUCGCCGUGUGGUGAGCAGCCGAUGCGGUUGCGGCGGUGACUGCAAUCCAUUCAUUUCCACACCAUCGACCGUAUUUUCGCGAACUUUGCUCGUUACCUUUCUGCUGAUGACGUUCAACGUGAACGUAUGCCAGGUGGUACAGGCCGCGGCAAGUGCUAGUGCCAGUGCCAGUGCGAGCGCGAGUGCCGGAAUUGAACGACGACCGAGCGGUGAUCUCCAGCGGCCUGAAAGCUCUAAAAUGCAUCACUACGGAAUUACGUCAGCAUCUUCCUCGGCUUCGUUGCACCAUGCCGGCAGUGGCACGUCAACGGCGUCAUCGUCGUCCGGGUCCGCAGCAGCCCUGGUCGCCGGGGGACUCUCGUCACCGUCAUCCUCACUGACGGGACCGGCGGAAAAGCCCUACUUUGACGAUAUCAACUCGCGCAAUGUUACGACCGUCGUGGACGACACGGCAGUUUUGAAAUGUCGCGUAAAGCACAAAGGCGAUAGAACGGUGUCGUGGAUGCGCAAGCGGGACCUGCACAUAUUGACGUCCAACAUCUACACCUACACCGGCGAUCAGCGCUUCUCCGUAAUCCAUCCGCCCGACUCGGACGACUGGGAUCUGAAAAUAGAGUAUGCACAGCAGAAAGAUAGCGGAAUUUAUGAGUGUCAGGUGAACACCGAGCCGAAAAUAAAUCUCGCCGUUUAUCUGGACGUCACAGAUGAACGAGAGUUUGCCCAAGAUUUCUCCAAGUAUGGUCCAAACACUGGAGGAAAGCACUUUAUCGGUGCCAUUGGACUAGAUUUUCUCUCAACAGCCGCCCGUGCUAAGAUAAUCGGCUCCCAGGAGGUGCACGUCAAGAAGGGCAGCACCAUCUCCCUGUCGUGUGUUGUGAAUGUCCAUGCAUCGUCCAUCUCAUGGUACCAUGGAUCAUCGAUCGUUGACUUUGAUUCUGCCCGCGGUGGAAUCAGUCUGGAGACGGAGAAAACGGAAGGUGGCACCAGCAGUCGGCUCAUGCUCACCAGGGCAACAUUGCGCGACUCGGGCAAUUACACCUGCGUCCCGACCGGUGCGAUAUCCGCCAGUGUACAGGUUCACGUUCUAAACGGCGAACAUCCGGCUGCAAUGCAGACCAGCAGUGGCGUUCCGUGUCCGACGCAUCAAACACUUAUCCUUCUCUUUGUAUCAUUGAAUAGUUGUAAUCUUAGCAAAUUAAUCUUCUUCAUAUCAAACCUGCUCGAGACGGUACGUUUCCUGCUCACCACAACGAUCGCCAACUUCCUUGUCCACAUCCGUCGGCUAGCAUCUUCGUUCGGCGUACGGCACUCAAAGUCCACCAGCUGCGUGACACUUCUGACACUGGCUUCGAUCGGUACACAUCUUCGGAUUGCACUACCAAAGCUUCAGCGACGCCGGACGACGACCGAGCGUCCCACGGACUUGGCUUCAAUUCGCACCCAAUCGAGAUGAUCUUGUUCCACGCGUAACAACAGAAGAUAUUCUUUUGCUGCUCGUGAACCUGGUACCACGAUGCACUAGAUCGACACUAAGCGGUUGGAGGUCGUCCUUUGCGCAUAUUGUAAUCAACGUGUCCCAAACCCAUCUUCGCAUGCAAUGCUCUUUUUCAAAGUGAGAAACACUACUGAUGAAUGUAUGAAACUUUUGGAGGCAAAAAAGCCAAUUGUUCCAAAAAAGGACACUCCCCAAUUCCGUUGACGAAUGCGAAACGGAACAGCUCUAUGUAAGCGAAUCGUGGCGAGGAACUGUAAAUGUAUAAAUGUUAAGUUUCUACUUCAUAAUAAUUAAAAUAAUGUUUAAAUUCAAUGAGAAGCUCCACAGAGUGGUAGUGUGUGGCAUUAGCAUUGGGUAUAGAUCGAGAAGAACAUCGGUGAAAGAACUCACUGUGAAACCAAAAAAAAAACACGAAAGAUAAGAACAAAGCUACACCUAUCUGGAUUAUGAUGUACUGGAUUCGGAGAAUCCUAGCAAGUAAGAUAAUAGAUAAGUUAGUCAAUAUUUACCCGUCUCAUGUUCUGGCACGGGAUAAGCAGCAAGAAGGUGUAAUAUACACAUUACAUCGCCAUUUCGUUCCGGGGUGCGAAUUUAAGACUUAAAACACGAAUGACAAGCACGAACGAGCGGCAAAGUUGUAAGAUAGUAAAGAGAGAAAAAAAAAUACACGAGUGAAAAUGUAAAACCAGAUAAAUACAAUGCGUAAGAAUUUUAGUAAGAAACUGAAGCAAAACAUUACGAAACAAAACAGAAACAAACAAAAAAAAAACAACACACAUUCACACAAAGAAACACUUACGAGAAAUGAAACGAGUUUGUGAAAAAUAGCUAUAAUGAAGUAUGGAUGAUAAAAUCAAACAAGACAGUAUGAAAGGGUAAAAAAGGUAGACAAGCGUGUAAAAUUAUGAAGCAUAUUUUUCCCCCCGUUUUCUCUUCAUUUUAGCAACAAACAGAGAGCAAGAAGCAACUUGGUUCCAAAUGCACCUAAAGCAUACAGAAAGGGGUUAGCAGGAAAGGGAGUAAACGAUGAAAGCUAAACUAGAUUCAAAUUGUAGGCAAUACAGGAAGUCGGAUAAUUCAACAAAAAAAGAAACAAAAAAACAAAACAAAAAAAAACAUCGAGAACUAAACACUUGCUAACGGUGGCUCAAUUCGAAAGUGAGAACAAGUAAGAACAGGCAAAAAAACAUCCGACACACAGUUACGAAAACCAGUUACUAAAAACCUAACUGAAAAUGGUUUUUCUUUUGAACAAAUAUUUUAUCUCGAAGCAGAAGGACGUAAACGAAGCCGAAGAAGGUAAAUCAAAUAAUCUCUCUCUGUAUAAAUCAAAACAAGAAACCAAACAAAACAAAUCUAACAAAACUACAAACAAUCAUCACUUUGAGUGGGACGGCGUGUGUGUGUGAAGCUGUUGUCCAAUGGAAUAUGGGAAAAUGGGGGACGGAUACUCUCCCAAAAGUGGAAACAGCAAGAGUGAAGCAAAAGAAAACCAUUAUCAUCAUCCGUUAAAUGGCAAACCCGGUUCAUGUGUGAUGGUUCAUAAACAUUGAAAAUAAACGACUAACGCGUAGGAGAAAUUGAAA